UAUUAGUGCUCUUAGAAGAUAACAAAGUCAUAUUAGCCAUGGCUUUUAUAUGGGCAACUCUAAUUGUUGGUCUAUUUGUAUAUGCUUUCUAUGUGCUGCUAAACAUUCAGAAGAGAAAAAGGUUUCCUCUUAGGACAUCUUCAUUUGUUAGGUAAAUAUCGACACAAAGAUUUACAAAAACUAGCCAACAACCGUGGUCCUAUUAUGUAUAUGCAACUGGGAAUCGUACCUGCAAUCGUUGCCUCGUCUGCUGAUGCAGCCAAGAAAGUCCUCAAGACAUAUGAUCCCAUCUUUGCUAGUAGGCCUCAUAAUGAGGCAUCUCAAUGUAUGUCUUAUGGCCAGAAGAAUAUGAUUUUUGCAAAGUAUGGACCAUAUUGGCGUAACAUGCGCAAAUUGUGCACCUUUUGAGUAAUCACAAGAUUAAUUCAUUCCAAUCCAUGAGAAAGCAAGAAGUUGAACUUCUGAUUGAAUCGGUUAAAGAACAAGCUCAUGAUUGCGCGGUUGUUGAUCUUAGUGCAAAGAUUACAUCCUUGAAUGCUAGCUUGACUUGCUUAAUGGUGUUUGGAAAGAAGUAUAUGGAUGAGGACUUUGACAAGAGGGGAUUCAAAGCUGUAGUUCAACAAGUUGUGCAUUUUGGUGGGAGACCAAAUCUUGGAGAUUUUUUCCCCUUUCUUGGUGUUAUUGAUCUUCAGGGACUCAAUCGCAAGCUCAAAGAUAUUCAAAGGUGUUUGAUGAAAUUCUUGAGAAGAUUAUUGAUGAACAUGUUACCAAGGAUUUUGUCGACACCAUGAUGGAGAUUAUGCAAUCAGGAAAAGCAGAGUUUCAGUUUGACCGUCGACAUAUAAAAGCUAUCCUCGUGGACAUGCUUAUUGCAGCAACAGACACUUCAACAACAUCAGUAGAAUGGAUACUCACUGAGCUAAUUAGGCACCCUCAUGUGAUGAAGAAACUCCAAAAAGAGUUGGAAGAAGUGGUAGGAAUUGAAAGGAUGGUAGAAGAAUCAGAUUUGGAGAAUUUGAAGUACUUACAUAUGGUUGUAAAAGAGGGCCUGAGGCUGCAUUCCGUAGAGCCAGUAUUGCAUCAUGAAGCCAUGGAAGAUUGUGUAGUAGAUGGCUUCCACAUACAAAAGGGAUCUAGAAUCAUGAUUAAUUGUUAUGCAGUUCAGAGGGAUCCAAAUGUUUGGUGUGAGCCUGAGAAGUUUUUCCCCGAGAGAUUUGUUGGGAGCUGUGUAGAUAUUCGUGGACGUAAUUUUUAGCUUUUACCAUUUGGCUCUGGUAAAAGAAGCUGCCCCGGAAUGCAGUUGGGGAUUACCAUUGUUCGCCUUGUGGUUGCACAAUUGGUGCAUUGCUUUGAUUGGGAGCUUCCAAAUGGUAUGCAGCCUCUUGAUUUAGACAUCGAUGAGCAGUUUGGGAUGAUAGCAUGCAAAGAAAAGCCAUUGAUGGCUCUUCCUACUUAUAGACUAAAGAAAUGAGGCAAACACGUUGCAGAUUGGAAGAGAACUAGUUUUCUAAACUUUUUAUUUUACUUAGCUGCUGUUAAUAUUACACAAGCGAUAUUUAAAGUUUCUAUUCCAUGGUUCUGUGAUUGUUGUGCUUUUCCCCUG